CCUCGCUCCAUUUCACAGUCUCGGUGUCGUCGUUGUCGGUCACAGUCAUGAGGUGUUCUCCUACUCUUUCGCGGUUGCCACACCGUGCUUUCUCUGGCUUGGCCAGGACUCCUGUCCGUCUUCAGUCUCAGAACCUCCUGUCGCGGAGAUGCGCUUCCACCGCUCUCUUCCGAUCAGCCACUGUUGCUCCGGCUUAUCAGUCCAUCCUCAACAAACAAUGCCAACAGAGGAGGAACGCAUCCGCCACUGCCAGUGCUGUCCUUGAGGCUGCCGCUGCCGACCCGGAGGCUCUGUCGCAGGAAGCUAUUAUUGACAAUCUUGACCCCGUUGAGGCGGCACGCCUGGGUCAACUCCGCAACAUUGGUAUUGCUGCGCACAUCGACAGCGGUAAGACAACAUGUACCGAGCGAGUCCUCUUUUACACCGGUCGUAUCAAGGCUAUCCAUGAAGUUCGUGGCCGUGACAAUGUAGGAGCCAAGAUGGACUCCAUGGACUUGGAGCGUGAGAAGGGUAUUACCAUUCAGUCUGCUGCCACGUUCUGUGAUUGGGUGAAGAAGGACAAGGAUGGCAAGGAGCAGAAGUACCACCUUAACUUGAUCGACACCCCAGGUCACAUUGACUUCACCAUUGAAGUCGAGAGAGCGCUGCGGGUUCUCGACGGUGCGGUCAUGAUUCUGUGCGCCGUCUCCGGUGUCCAGUCCCAGACCAUUACCGUCGAUCGUCAGAUGAGACGUUACAACGUCCCGAGAAUCUCGUUUGUCAACAAGAUGGACCGUAUGGGGGCCAACCCCUUCAAGGCCGUCGAUCAGAUCAACACCAAGCUCAAGAUCCCUGCUGCUGCUGUCCAGGUCCCGAUUGGUGCUGAAGAUGAGUUUGAGGGUGUGGUCGACCUUCUUCAGAUGAAGGCUCUCUACAACCAUGGACCCAAUGGUGAAGACAUUGUGGUCAAGGAUGAGAUUCCGGAGAAGGUCAAGGGCGUUGUGGAGGAGCGCAGGCGCAUGCUCAUCGAGACUCUUGCCGACGUCGACGAUGAGAUUGCAGAACUCUUCCUCAGCGAAGUCGAGCCUACGGAGGACCAAUUGAGACAGGCCAUCCGCCGCGCUACUAUUGGCCUCAAGUUCACCCCUGUCUUCAUGGGCUCAGCCCUCGCCAACAAGUCUGUGCAACCCAUGCUUGAUGGUGUCAUUGACUACCUUCCCAACCCUUCUGAGGUGCAAAACCUUGCCCUCGACAAGAAGCGUAACGAAACUUCUGUGAAGCUUGUUCCUUACAACUCGCUCCCGUUCGUCGGUCUUGCUUUCAAGCUGGAAGAAAGCAACUUCGGACAAUUGACCUACAUUCGUGUUUAUCAGGGUACCCUCCGCAAGAGUGCCAACGUCUUCAACGCCCGCACAGAUAAGAAGGUGAAAAUUCCUCGUAUUGUGCGUAUGCACUCCAACGAGAUGGAGGAUGUCACCGAGGUGGGAGCGGGUGAAAUCUGCGCUGUGUUUGGUGUCGAGUGUGCCUCCGGUGAUACUUUCACUGACGGUCAACUGGGUUACACCAUGUCGUCUAUGUUCGUUCCUGAACCCGUCAUCUCUCUUUCCAUCAAGCCCAAGAACAACAAGGAUGGCGCCAACUUCUCCAAGGCUAUGGCCCGUUUCCAGAGAGAGGAUCCUACCUUCCGUGUGCACUUCGACUCGGAGAGCGAACAGACUAUUAUUUCCGGUAUGGGUGAGUUGCACUUGGAGAUCUACAUCGAGCGUAUGCGCCGUGAGUACCGGGUGGACUGUGAGACUGGUCCUCCCCAAGUCGCGUACCGUGAGACCAUCGGCGGCCAUGUCGAAUUCGACCACCUGCUCAAGAAGCAGAGCGGUGGUCCUGGUGACUUUGCCCGCGUCGUGGGUUGGAUGGAGCCAACCGGCAACCUGACUGAGAACAAAUUCGAAGAACAGAUUGUCGGUGGAAGUAUUUCCGAGAAGUUCUUGUUUGCUUGUGAGAAAGGUUUCCACUUGGCUUGUGACAAGGGUCCUCUUAUUGGACACAAGGUCCUUGGUACCAAGAUGGUCAUCAACGAUGGUGCUACUCACAUGACCGAUUCGUCUGAAAUGUCCUUCAAGAACGCCACUCAGCAAGCUUUCCGCAAAGCCUUCACCCAAAGCAACCCCUCGAUCCUUGAGCCUAUGAUGAAGACUGUUGUCACCGCCCCUGCUGAGUUCCAGGGUGAUGUCAUCUCUCUCCUGAACAAGCGUAACGCUACCAUCAACGACUCCGAAGUUGGUGUAGAUGAGUUCACCGUCCACGCUGACUGCAGUCUGAACGGUAUGUUCGGCUUCAGUAGCAAUCUCCGCGCUGCCACUCAGGGUAAGGGUGAGUACACGAUGGAGUUCAGCCACUAUGAGAAGGCCCCCGGCCACCUUCAGAAAGAGCUCAUUGCCAAAUACCAGAAGGCUCAGGCCGACAGGCACAAGAAGUAAGCGACUUAUCGCUUCUCGACCGCGUCCACUCGACUGCAGGGAGAGAACCUCUCAUGCAUCGCGCGGGGGUCUGGGUCACGUUGACUCUCGAUCCCGCCCUCAUAUACACGAGGGGCUUGGCUACCAAUCCACCACGCUCCAGCUCCGCCUUCUUCCUUGUAUACCUGAUUCACCCCGAAAUGGUCCAGCGCGCGUGUGUGCUUGAAUAUGAAAAUAAUGUGUCUCUUCCUCUUGUCCAGAAUACUUCGGCCUCAUGUAUUAUUUACCAAGCAAAAUAGAUUACCCUUCUGCGUGUUUAGAAACGUCUCUGAGAGAUCACAUUGGCAUGCAACGCCCGGCUGAAAGGCUUGGACUCGGUUUACACAAUUUGUACAUACAUUCUGUUAGUUGCGUUAUAAUCAUCUCCUCUCCCG